UUUAUAUCAUAUGAUCAUCAGCCACAAAAACACAAGUCUAUUUUCACUACUGUCGGUUCUUUGGCGCAGUCUCUCUUGCUUUCUUGUUAUACAUUUGAGGUGAUCAAGAUUGUUGUGUUGAAUGUUCUUUUACUUGGGUUUUUCUCAGAUUGUCUAGUUGAUUGAUCAAAGUGAUGGAUCUAAGUGAUAAGGGAUCAGGAUCUGAAGAUAUGAGUAGCCAAACAGCAACACCAGAAAGAGUUGUUUCAUCAGAAAACCAAAUGAAAACUUGUGUUGAUUGUGGUACCAGCAAGACCCCUCUUUGGCGUGGUGGCCCUGCUGGUCCUAAGUCAUUGUGUAAUGCUUGUGGGAUAAGGAGCAGGAAGAAGAGAAGAGCACUUCUUGGAUUGAACAAAGAAGACAAGAAGCCUACCAAGAAAUCAUCAAAAGUUAUUGGUAACAAUGAAAACAAGAACCAGAGCAGUAACAGUUGUACAAGCAGCAGCGGUGAUAGUACCAGCAGCAGUAAUGGUGGUUCUUUGUUGAAAAAGAAGUCUUUGCCUUUACAAAGACCAAGAUCAAAUUCAACUCACAGGAGGAAUAAUAAUAAGCUUGGUGAAGUAGAACAAGCUGCUUUUUUGUUGAUGUCUCUCUCUUGUGGUCCUGUUUAUGCUUAAAACAAAGAAUUUACUGUUGUAAUAGAGGCUGUGAUGGUUGUACCUUUUUUGGUUGGUGAGUGAUGAGUGGGUAGGUGUAUGAGUAGAGUGAUAUAAAAAUAGAGGGCUUAAUCAAGUUGUGAGCUCUGCUUGGGAUGUAGGGUUGAACAUUGUCUUUAUCCUUUUAAAUUAAUUAAAUUUAUUUUAGUUUAAUGA